ACGAAAAUUUCGCUGAUUUCAAGUCAUGUUUAUGGAUUGGCUAAUUCUCAAGUAGGAUUUAAAUUCCAGGCUGCGCAACUGUACAGGAACGACACAUCGAAGACGGCGUCAUCACGGUGUUGUUGGGUUGACCCCCAGUCGUCUAGGAGCUGAUACAUCAGAAGUAAUUCUCAAUCAAUCAUCAUUGAGAACCAAAUGAGAUUGAAGGGGUCCUAUAGUAUGCCAAUUUCACGACCCGUCUUUCUCACACUGCUCGGUACUCUACUUGGAUUAUCAUUAACUUAUUGUGUAUCUUCUGUUGCACGAUUGCAAAGGCACUCGUUAUCAUCGUCGGAAUGUGCGCAGCUGGUCGGACCACGGCAGCGGACUGGUCUGAUUCUGAUGGGUAUCAUGACAGCGGCAAAGUACGUCGACACACGCGCCUACAACGUUUGGAAGACAUGGGCGAAACACGUCCCCGGCAAAGUGUUGUUCUUCGUGGCAGAAAACACCGAAACUAUCCACCCGGAUCUACCACUUAUCCGCUUGAAAGGCGUCGACGAUACCUAUCCACCGCAAAAGAAGAGCUUUGCCAUGGUAAAGUGGAUGGCCGAAAAUUAUCUGGACGAGUUCGACUGGUUUCUACGAGCUGAUGAUGACCUAUACGUGCGUGGUGAAGAACUAGAAAAAUUCCUACGAUCCCUGGAUUCAUCCAGGGCCCACGCCAUUGGUCAAGCUGGUUUGGGCAAUAGUGCCGAAUAUGGUUUGCUUGCAUUAGGAUCCACUGACAAUUAUUGUAUGGGGGGUCCUGGAGUGGUCAUGAGCAGAGAAACGUUACGGUUGUUAGCUCCGCAUCUGGAGUCAUGUUUGCAACAUCUACUGACCACACAUGAAGACGUAGAAUUAGGCCGAUGCAUUCGACGUCAUGUUGGUGUCGCAUGCACUUGGAACUAUGAAAUGCAGAAAUUAUUUCACAACAAUCAGACUGCGGCCAAGGCAUAUACGGGUGAUUUAUCGGAGGUCAGGGCCGCCAUAACAGUACACCCCAUCAAAGAUCCAGCUGUAAUGCGACGCGUUCACGUACACGAUCGUGCCUUCCGUCUACAGGCAUUACGAGCACGCCGUGUCGCUUUGCGCACGGAACGUAGCGAUGUACAACAGCCGACAUUAGUGCGAAUAAUGCCGAACAGCUCACGUGAUCUCACACCAUGGGACUAUAUCAACAAUAACAAGAUACUCUUCUGUGCUGAUCGUGUCAAUUGUCCUAGACAUACAGUGGAUCUGAGUAUACGCACAGAAAUGGGCGACAUUGUCACACAAUUGUUUGAAGAGUUCAACUCGAAUGCUCGUCAAAGAGGGAGAGUCUUACAAUUUCAAAGUCUACAAUAUGGUUACAUGAGAGUCGAGCCACGUUAUGGUGUCGACUACGUGCUGGAUAUGAUCCUCUGGUUCAAAAAAUUCCGACCUCCACAUCGAACAACACUGUCGGUUCGACGUCAUGCGUACGUUCAACAAGUAUUUGCGCCACUUCAGGCACUUUCUGAAAAAAAGAUGAGGUCCAAUCUUCGUCGAGGAAGUAAUUUCACCGGAGAGAAUGUUCACCUUCAUAUGAUUUUACCUCUCAAAGGAAGAGCAGAGAUAUUUGCGAGGUUCGCGGGUCAUUUGAAGAAUGUCUGCGCUCGAGCUGGGGAUAUCUCGCUCGUAGUAGUGUUAUACGCCAGCGAGGAUGAAGGUGCCAAUCGAGCGACGAUCGAAGAACUACGCCAAAGCUUCGUACGAGUCGAAGUAAUCGAAAUGGAUAAUGCGCCAUUUAGCAGAGGAGUAGCUCUGAUGAAAGGUGCAGAGCGUGUCUCCGCUGAUGGACUAAUGUUCUUUACCGACGUUGACAUGUUAUUCACAUGUGAUGCUCUUCAUCGAAUUAGACUAAAUACGAUACUUAACGCGCAGGUUUACUUCCCUAUCGUCUUUUCGGAAUUUUCACCGGAAAGUUGGUCGGAAAACGAUCGCCUGUUAGCUGAUGCAUUUCAUUAUGGUAGAAGACGAGGAUACUUUAGACACUUUGGAUAUGGUCUUGCUGCACUAUACAAGGCCGACUUGAUUUCGAUAGGCGGCUUUGAUACGAAGAUCGAAGGAUGGGGAUUAGAGGAUGUUGAUUUGUUUGAAAAGGCCGUGAAACGAGGUCUACGAAUAAUUCGAUCUCCCGAACCAGGCUUGGUGCACAUCUACCAUCCAAUUCACUGCCCAGAGACGAUGCCACAAGCUCAACGGCAUAUGUGUCACGGCUCAAAGGCAGCAAGCCUUGCAUCGAUUGACGCGCUGGUAGAUCAGAUAUCACAUUAUACGUAACGACAGUAGGAAGUCGUUUGUUUUAUAUUCAAUUAGUUCUCGAACCCCUUGUGAAUGUCUUUCCCAUUGUUGUUAUUAUAUUGUUACGCCCUAGGUAUACCAUUUUCUCAAUCUGAAACUUUCUGUCUCAUCAUUUGUUUUCCUCUCUCUCCAUCCCCCUUGGAAAUUUUUGAUUGACUGUACUACAGUACAAACACUUAUGAUAUUAUACAUAUACAGCUGAUUUGGUGCCGUACAUGCUUUCCGGCCAUAUCACCCGUUGAAGCCAUUCCAUGAUGUUUUACCGUUUCUUGACCACUCACAUUCUUGAGUCUUAUAACUUUGUAUUCCAUAAUGAGUGAAAACGGGAUAGCGCAGUACUUAGUAAUUUAAUCUCUCUAUGUCUCAAAUUCUGAUCAGCGCGCAAUCAUCGCAUACGCAUAAUUGAAUGGGUGAACACGGCAUUUAAGCCAUGCAUUUCUUUUUUUUCCUAUGCGCUUAGCUUUACAAUCUCUUUCUUUCGUUUGUUGUUUCAUAUCUCCCUUGUUUCCAUUUCUUCGCAUUUCGUCCCUUUUAUCUUGUGCAGCUCCGCGUAUUCAUUACAUUGAUGUUUGUGCAUUUUGUUACAAAUUUUUCCAGUGUUGUCAGUUUGAUAUUCGGCAUUUUUUGCCUCACUUUGAUCGGUGCUUUUACUUCGUGUCUCGCUCACUAUUCUUGCCUUUGACCCAUACAUCUCGCCAAAGUGUCUUGUCAGCUUUGUAGAUUAUUUGAUUCUUGUAAGUCAAACGAUUGACAGGAAAAAAGAAAAGGUUUUACUGAUCACAUCCCUUUCGAAAUAAAUAAUUAUAAUUGUAU